UUUAUGACCACACCGUGCAGCAAUAUUUAAAAUCUGUGAGGCAUUUAAAAACACUCAGAAUUUUGACAAUCCUAUCAAUGUGGAAAGCGGGAAAUGCUUCGGGUACGUUUGAACUAAUUAUUUUACCAUUGUUUUCAAUAUUUCAUCCUAAACUCAAUAUGUUAACUAAUCUGUUUUAUUUGAAAUACUUAUACAGGGUUACUUUGCGUUAAGUACAGUGUACCUAAGUUCUCCGAGAAGAUAUCCGAGAAUUCCGCGGUAACUGGAACGCAGCAUCACUCUGGAGACAGGAUACAGAGCUAAAAAGCAGGCAUAACUUCAGUCAGCUUUCACCAAAAAACGCAGACUGUGUUGUAGUUUGUUUGUAAGCCUUGACGGGGGAACCAGUCUUAUUAUUGGGGCGCAUUUAACGCCAUAGUUCAAAACAAACUGGGGUUAAAAAAAACGAAAGGGCAGCGAGUUGAUUGUGUUAGCUAGCAUGCUGCUUCUUCGUCGUAUCACUGUUCCUUAUUGAUUAACUGUCACCUCGUCAUGUCCGAGUUAAUAUGCCGGAAAUCAGAAACUUUGAAAGGGGAUGAUGAAGUGGAAAAAGAACCAGAAAAGGAGCCAGAGAUGCCAACUAAAGAUUUGGAUGAGAAGAAGGAGAAGGAGGUGAAAAAGUCCAGCAUGGAAGCAAAUGAAGGUGAAGAGAAAGAUGCUCAACAUGAGCAGGAAAACUCAAGAAGAAGAUCCCGACAAAGCUCCUCGGCAUAUUUUGUGCAGUGUCUGGUUCGGGUUGUCUUUGGAUGCCUGGCAGCUGUUGCCUGUGGAAUACUUUACGCUGCAUAUCUAUCUGCCUGUCAUGACAGGAAGUUCUGGUUUUCAGCUAAACAGGAGCUGGAGCGGGAAAUUUCUUUCCAGGGAGGCAGUGGGCUUUAUUAUUACUUCUACAAGCACAUGCUGUCUGCACCAUCCUUUGAAAGAGGUUUUUAUGAACUGAUGAUGGAUAACAGGACCAUUUCGGGGCAGACAAUCAAUGCUGUGGAGCGUCUUUCGCUUUAUCCAGAGGUCAUCACAAGCUUCAUUUACAGAUAUACUAACAGUCAGGAUUUUGUGGAACCUAUCUACUUCUACAUAGGAGUGGUGUUUUGCCUCCAGGCUCUGUACGUCACCGCCCUUUUUGUGUGCAGCUGGGUGCUGAGUGGCACCUGGGUGGCUGGCAUGUUGGCUGUGUCCUGGUACGUGAUCAAUAGACCAGACACCACCCAGGUGGACCAUGCUGUUCCUCUGCGCGAGAACUGGGCCCUGCCUUGCUUCUCCCUUCAGGUUGUGGCUUUGACGGGAUUUCUGAGCAACAACAUCCGCUCUGCCACAGAGAUGUUCUGCUAUCUUACCAUGAGUGCCACCACAUUCACCCUCCUGUUGAUAUGGGAGCCUGGUCACUACAUCCUCUUUGUUCAGGGGCUCUGUCUGUUUCUGCUGGACUCUUUUGAUGUGAUGCCAACAAGAAAGAUGGACGACAUUCAUAAAGUGUACCUCAGCUCGCUGUUCCUGGCCUACUUGUUCCAGUUUGAAAACACUAGCUUGAUCAGCUCGCCGCUGCUCAGCCUUCAGAUUGGUUCAUUGCUCGCGAGGCACUUCCAGCAAAAGAUGAAGAUUGGUCCUCUGGUGGCAAGAGUGAUGAAGCUUUUCUUGCAUUUCCACCUGGUCUUCUCCACCAGCAUCACUUAUAUUUAUUUAGUCAAGAAGCUCAUACCUGUAAGUGAUAAUGAUUUCAUUCUGAAGUUCCUUGAAGUCAAGUUUGGGCUCAACAGGACGACUGACUUUGUCACCAACUACCUUCUGUGCCAAAAGAGCCUUCAAGCGCCCAGUCAGGAUUUGUUUCUUCGACUGACUCAGGCUUCAGUUCUUCCCUUUUAUCUCCUGGUGCUCGCCGUCUGCCUCCUCUCCACCCUGCAGACCAUUUAUAGAAGACUCAGUGGUGAGCCGAUGAAGACCAGGCACAGCCUCGAAGAUGGAAGGAUUGGAGAGCAGCCCGCAGUCAUCUAUCACGUCUUUCACUCCCUGUUUUUUGGAAGUCUGGCUCUGCUGUUUGAUGGGAUGAAAUAUUUAUGGACGCCAUAUGUCUGUAUGUUUACAGCAUUUGGAGUCUGCUCUCCGCACCUCUUCAUGACCGUGUUUAAAUGGCUCAAGCUGAAGUCCAUGCAUCCUGUAGUUCUGGCUUUGAUUCUGAGCACAGCUGUUCCCACCAUCAUUGGCUUCAGUUUGUGGAGAGAGUAUUACCCUCAUGUCUUAGCUGAUUUGGGGGAGCUGCAUGAGAUCCACGACCCAGACAUGCUGGAGCUGAUGACCUGGAUCAGGUUGCACACUCCAGCAGCAGCUGUGUUUGCUGGCAGCCCUCAGCUUUUAGGAACAAUAAAGUUGUGUUCUGGGUCAGCUGUAACUAGUUUACCUCUUUACACAGACUUCAACCUGCUGAAGAGGACUGAAGAUAGUUUCCAGGUGUACGCAAUGAGAUCUGCCGAGGAUGUGUAUAAACUUCUGACUGCUCAGAAAACAAACUAUGUGAUCAUUGAGGAGUCCAUCUGUGCAGAGUUCACGCGCAACAAGGGCUGCAGAGUCAAGGACCUGCUGGAUAUCGCUAAUGGACAUGUCAUCUUUGACCAAGAGGAGAUGUAUUCUGUUUCUAAGCACGGACGAUUCUGCCACGAGAUCAAGAUGAACUACUCGCCCUACACAAACUACUUCACUCGGGUUUUCUGGAACCAUUCGUACCAUGUCUACAAAGUGAACUAUGUCAUCUCGUUCCAGUACUAACAGCAGCUCCUUCAGCUCUUCUGUGUACAAGCCCUGCCGUCUGAUGGCUGACGCACGUCCUGAAGCUGCUCUUUCCAACCAGCAGGGUGCAGCAAUCUUUCAUUAACGUUCAUAAACGGAAGGUUUGAAAACCAAAAUCGUAGUACUGUAGUUUGAUAAACACAUUUUAUGCAGAGGGGUACCUGUGUUUAUGGGUACUCUUCCUUUUAAGGUCAAAAACUCGGUAGAUAUUUGUAGCUGCUUUGUUAAACAACAGUUUUGGUCAAGAGAAUGUUUGUUUUGUUUUUUUAAUAAUCCAAAGGCCUCCGCUGAGCUUUCAUUUGGUGGCAAAUUUCCUGACACCUCAUAGCAACCGGGCUAGGGUAAAAUGCACAUUUGACUCACCCAUGUCCUUUGCUGGAAGGACAGAAUCUGCUAUUCCUUCUGACUAGAGCUUUGAUGCAUCCCACUGCCUACACUGAACUAAAAGGGUGUUGGGCGAUAAAGACAAAUGAUUAGCCAAAACAAAAGAAACUGCUGUUUAGCUUCUUCUCCAGUUAUUACUGCUUAUAGUGCUAAGCCUCACAAUAAGUGUAACAUCUACUGGGAGAAAAUGUGACUUGAUGUAUGCUAAUAUUAAUUUUAAUAAAUUGAUUUGAAUAUAUUAGUUUAGAAAAAAAGCUGCAUCCAAACGCCAAGAAGUUCUUAGGAGCUGUUUUGUGGGAUAUAUUUGGAUUUUUAUGCUCAGUUGAUAUGAAGCUACAACAAAAAGAGAACACAUCUCUGAAACUAUAACUUUUUUCUGUGAGGCCUUAAAAAAAAAAAAGCCAAUGGAGGCCUGAAGUGGACCUAAAGGUCUGCUAGUUCCCAUGCUUCUAUUGUGCAUGCUCCUAAUUUUCAAAGGUAUUCCCAGAUUGGUUCCAAUAUUUCAUUUUAAUCUGUUAUUUAGUCAAAUCAGCUGUUUAUAAAAUUUAAAGCCACCCCCAUCAGCUUCUUGUGUGCCUUUUUGUUAGUUUUACCGCAAUGGCUGGUUUUGAUGUGUUGCCUUUUGGCAUAUUUUAUCACACCAUCGCUAAGAUUAUUUACAUUUUAAUUUCUCAGGUUUAGUUUGGGUGCAAUAAAAGUAUUCACUUUAGAGAACCAAAUUUUACAAGUACCGUACAUGUAGAAAAAAAAAUAAAGACUUGUCUUUCGUAAAUAUACUUUUAAGGGUGAUGAAAGUUUUACUCAUUUUUGUCUUCUGUCUUGAUACCAGAUGUGUUGCUCAUGCAGUGCAUGUAAUGCAUUCUUUCAAAUGUUUUUCCUUCCUCUGAAAAACGUCUGGACUGUCCUUUUUAAAUGAGUUGCCAAAAAAGGGUAUUCAUAAGUAGAGUUCUUCAAUGCUAAAGCAAUGUUAAGAACAGUUGAUUUUUUAUUUUUUUGUCAGCAAGUGGAUCCCAACUCUAACAGUAAUGGUUUCUGCAGCCUUUGUCCAUCUACUGUUGCUGCUGCUGCUCUUUGUUUGUGGAUGCCUUAUGUUUAAUGGUUGCUGGUCAUGUGACUUUAUGCAUUUCUUUUUCUUGUAAAGAUGGUUUCCUGUGUGCAUUUCUUUUGUCUUCACUAUUUGAUGGCACAGCAUCUGGUGUUGUCAUGUGAAUUUACAGCUCUUCCUCUGAGACAAUGUGUUGCCUUUUUUUUUUUCUUCUUUUCUCACAUAGAAAUGCAUAAAAAGCUUAAAUAUAAAACACAA